UUGCAUCGUCGCGCACUCACUCUCACACACACACACAGGCACAGUAAGCAGCGGUGUCGAUCGAUCCCUGUUCGCGCAUCAAGGGUCUUCAAGGGGGGUCCCCGCCGUAGAACUUGAACUUGUGCGAAACCGGCUCAAGUGAGGUUAGUUAGGACUCCUCUCUUUUGCUCGCUCGUUUGGGGUUGGGAUUCUCUUUUUUUCUGCAAUUUCUCAGCAGUGUUGUGUUCUUGUUGUUCCUUUAUACCGACUGGGACUGGGACUCGGAGGUUUUGACGAGCAGGAGCGAGUGAAGCAGAUCUUAUGCUCGAUUUUGGGCACCACCGCAGCACAGUACAACAGCUCGAGAAACACGAAAACCCUUGCCUUGCGCGUAUGCCGGUCGGUCGGAUCUUGCGCAUUUUCGCUACAGACUUCUCACGCUGCGGACGUGUGUGGUGGAACCGGUGUCUAGCAGUGUAGGACCAACAACAAUCUGAAGUUGCUGUUCGACUGACUGCCGUAUCCCCGUGCCUGUGUGCUACGCUGCAACAACAUUCCCUUGAUCCGGGGUGUGUAGUGCGACAAGCGAUUAGAGCAAACAAUAGAAUUCGAAGGGACUCUUCGUGGGUUCGCCGUGAGUGGUUUUUUUGCAAGGUCUCUACUAGAUACUAGAUCAGCUGGGCGCGUUUGGGCUUUGGGGGAUAAAGUGACACUAGCCUACUGUGGUGAACAGUUAUACACAACGGGUUUUUGUGAGCACUAUUGUGAUCAUUUUGUUGUGUUUUUUUUUUAUUGGUGGGGUAUUGUGAUAGGAAGAACCGUUAGGUGAUCUUUGAACUGUGGUGAAAGGACUGUUUGAAACAGCCUCCAGAAGACAGUGUUAAGCGAACAUUCCUAAAUUGAUUUCUGCUGAUGAGAAGAUUAUUUUCAAGGACUGGUGAAGAGCAUUUUGCACAAGUGGAAGUGAUUCUUUUUUUUUUUGGCGUGAAGAGUUCAAAGAUUUUCCUGAAGAUCUGAGCAGUGAUUGUGAGUUUUGAGCGAUUGGUAGUUCGGAAGAUCCACGGCACUGAGUUCGCGAUUUGUUCCGGAUCCGGUUUGCACGUCGUGGUCGUGCGGUGUAGAAGUCGUGUGUGCGAGAAACAAUGGACCUGCUGUGCACGGAAAAUAUCAACGAGGUAGGCGGCGAUCAGCUCAACAACGGCACAGGCAACAGCAAUACGGCGGCGCAGCAGGCUCAGAUGGAAGUUCGCCUUAACACGGCGGUUAAGGAUCCCACAUUUCUCGACGAUCGUUGCCUGGAGAAUCUACUGAAGAGCGAAGAACGCUAUGAACAGGGCUGCAACUACUUCACCACCGUACAGAAGGACAUCAGUCCCCGCAUGCGCAAGGUGGUCGCAGAAUGGAUAAUCGAUCUAUGCGAGGAACAAAACUGCCAGGAAGAGGUCUCACUGCUCAGUCUUAGCUAUAUGGACCGGUUUCUCAGCUUGGUGCCGAUCCGAAAAACACACCUCCAGAUACUGGCCACGGCGUGCCUGCUGUUGGCGUCGAAACUCCGCGAACCAAACUACAAGGCCCUGCCCGUGGAGCUGCUAGUAUUCUACACCGAUCACAGUAUCACCAAGAAGGAUCUGAUCCGAUGGGAACUCCUGGUCCUGAGCCGGCUAAAAUGGGACGUCUCCACCGUGACGCCGCUAGACUUUCUCGAACUCCUCCUGUGCCGGCUACCGAUCGAGAACAAAAAGUGUCACGACAUUAGCAUAGAGAAGGUGCGAAAGCACGCCCAGGCCUUCAUCUCGCUGACGGCGAGGGAACAUUAUUUUUCCAAUUACACUGCCAGCACGGUGGCGGCAUCCAGUAUUGCGGCAGCGCUCAGCGGACUCAAGUGGGAUCUGCGCAGCGGCAAGUCGAUUAGCUAUCUAGUGAAUAGGUUUACCGAUCUGACCGGGAUCGAACAGGAAUUCAUCUGUGAAUGCAUGGACAAAAUGGAAGCCCUGUUCCAGGAGCAACGCCGCCGGUUUUCGCCGAUCAUCAUCAGCAACAACUCGACGACGGCCCCCAUCCUGUCGCAGCACCUCCAGCAGGUGGCUUGUGUGAAUCUUAAAAGCAGUUCCACGACUCCGACGGACGUGCAGGACGUUGAUUUCUAGCCUUAUUCCGGGCCCAUCGGUAGGGUUGAAAGGUUUGGCACUAUAGUCACUAAACCGCGGGCGUUCUCCUCACCCCGCUACAAACCAAUUUUCCUGGUUCUCUCUCUCUCGCAAAGCAAAGCGGAACAGCAGCAGCAGCAGCAGCAGUAGUAGGCGGAAGGCAGAGCGGAAGCAACGUUGAAACUGGAAAUUUUAGGUGCUAUAUUUUUUUACAAUUAAAUUUAAGACUAAAAAUUCGGAAAGUGAGGCCCCGCAGGAGGUGGCGAACCGAGGCAGAUGAUGCUGGGAAUGCAUUGAGAGUUACGGAAACCCGUCAGGUCUAAAUACUGAUAUAGAAGACGCAUACAAACAAACAAGAGAGAAAGAGAGAGAGAGAGACAGAGGGAAAGAUAGAGUUAUGUUGGCAAUAGUAAGGGAAGAUGUAGAAGUAUACACAAGAGCAGGUGUAGAAACAGAAACAGAAGCAAGCAGAGAGAAACAUAAUAUUGAAGAAAACCAUAAGACCAUAAACAGAUGUGAGAUUGAAAGUGGGUCUAGUUAGGUGAAUGCGAAUGUGAAUGCUGUAGAGGUAAGUGAAGCGGAAGGCAAGGCGUUAUUUCAUGUCAAAAACUAAGUUAGAAAUGUUAUAUAGGUUAGGUUUUGUACAUAUACACAUACAUUUAGGAGUUAGCGCACAACAGUCAUUGAAAAACAAACUAUCAAACAAACAAAGAAUACAGAAAGUGAAGAGAGAAAAGAGACAAGGUGGCAUUUGAGAAUACAGAAAGCAAAUACUAAUUGAUCGGUGCGCGGUAGAGAGCUGAUGUGAGUGGAGGAAAGUCAAAUUUACGCACAGAAACAUAGAGAACCACAAUCUAGUCGAGAGAGAGAGAGAGAGCAAUUCGCCUGGAACUGGUUGGGUCGACCCACCGGAAGGGCCCAGUAGGGGCUUGUCUUUGGUUUCCCGAUCGCUUCCCAAGAGUGGAUCAGCGAACGGAAGAAGAAACCUCGAAGCCAAAAGCCAGUUUCACUAGUGACGGUAUCACACGGUAGGAUUCCGGAAAGCAAUACCAGUACAGCGUUAUGUCAGGCACUAGGACAAGCAUUGUUUUGAAGCACUCUGUUGCAACGAAGAACAGCUCAUGUCGAUGCUUCGAUGCAAACCCAAAUCGUCGGUUUGCACUGAACGAUAUGACGAUAUGACGAAAUCGAAUGGGACUUUCACUCAGAAUUUCGGAGAGCGAAUUGAAAUAAUUCAAGACGGUGAGAGUGAUGAAAUGGAUCGGGUUGACCUCCGAGAGGAGCAUUCAUUCAGAAAUAAGUAAUAUGAGGUUCGGGACGCCCUCUGAAAGAGUGUCAUCGAACAUAUGAGUAUUUGCAUAGACGAUUGAAAAACAAACAAACACCGAAGUGAUGAUGAAGACAUUGAUGAUUAUUCAUUUAGAGUAGAGUCUUCGGAGGACCCAAAUGACCUCAUUACCACAGCAUAAUUUUGGUUUGGUGAGAGUGCUCAAAUGAAUCGAGACAAUCUCCGAGGGAA